GUCAUAAACGAUGCAUCACCAAAUCAGAACUUCAUACUCAUGCAUAGGAUUUUUUCGUCUUAUGCCUGGACUAUUGGAAACGUUUGGCUGUGUGUAGCAUGUAUUUCCGGAUACGGUGGAAUUAUUCAUCAGUUUUUAUCGUUGAAGAUAUUUGUAGUGCUCGAUCGUUUAAAUUUGUGGAUUUAUUUGCUUCAUUCUUUAUGCAUCUUUUAUAUUUACAGUUAUACAAGAAGCAACAUAAUCUUCACCGAACUGAAUUUGUGGAUCAUCUUCAUUUUUGUAAUGAGUCUCACUCUUAUUGCAUCUACGAUGUUUUAUGUUUUUUUGGAAACGCCCCUGAAUUUUCUUUUUUUAAAAUUGUCUAAAAAUACACUUUGUAAGAUAAAGGAAUCGCCUAUGAAAGAAUUUAAUACAGCGUCAAUUACGGAGAGGACGUCUUUGUAAGAAAUCGAAGCAGAUCCACGCCAGCUCCAAUCCAUUUAUUUUUCAAAAAAGCUUCUGCUGUUAUAGCAAAUAAAUUGUAUAAAUUAGAA